AAUGAGUGACGAAGUGCAACUUGCACAAACCGCUGAAGCCGGUGAAGAUACAAUUUUCGGGAAAAUAUUGAGAAAAGAAAUACCAUGCAACUUUAUUUACGAAGAUAAUUUAUGUGUUGCAUUUGAUGAUAUAAGCCCCCAAGCUCCAGUCCAUUUUUUGGUGAUACCAAGAAAGCCAAUAUCACAACUUUCCAAAGCCGAUGAUGGUGAUGAAGCUUUGCUAGGGCAUUUACUGAUUGUUGCAAAAAAAAUAGCCCAGAAAAGAAACUUAAAAAAUGGUUUUCGUAUUGUGAUCAAUGAUGGAACAAUCGGAGCACAGUCUGUUUAUCAUUUACAUGUGCAUGUUUUGUCUGGUAGACAGCUCCAAUGGCCACCAGGCUAAUAAUACUAAUAAUUACUAAUUGGAAUAUUUAAUAAAUGGUAAAACU